GAGGAGGGGGUGGAGAGAGCGAGGAGGAAGAGGAGGAGGUGCCGUCCCACAAUACCAGGCGGGAGGGCGGGUAGGCGGUUUGUAUCCGGGCUGUGAGGUGCUCGGAGGCUCCGCGGACUUUGCUGCUUCUGUCUCUUUAACGCGAGAGGAAGCGAUGCGGAGGGGUGGAAAAUGGCAGAGCUGCAGAUGUUACUAGAGGAGGAGAUCCCGUCCGGCAAGAGGGCGCUGAUAGAGAGUUACCAGAACCUGACGCGGGUGGCCGACUACUGUGAGAACAACUACAUACAGGCUACAGACAAGAGAAAAGCUUUAGAAGAGACCAAAGCCUACACAACCCAAUCCCUAGCUAGUGUUGCUUAUCAAAUAAAUGCAUUGGCUAACAAUGUACUCCAAUUGCUGGAUAUCCAAGCCUCUCAGCUUCGGAGAAUGGAGUCUUCCAUCAAUCAUAUCUCACAGACCGUGGAUAUUCAUAAAGAGAAAGUGGCUCGAAGAGAGAUUGGUAUUUUGACAACAAAUAAGAAUACAUCAAGAACUCACAAAAUAAUAGCACCUGCAAAUAUGGAGCGCCCCGUAAGGUAUAUUCGGAAACCUAUUGACUAUACAGUUCUGGAUGAUGUGGGCCAUGGUGUCAAGUGGCUAAAAGCCAAGCAUGGAAAUAACCAGCCCGCAAGAACUGGCACACUGUCGAGAACAAAUCCUCCUACUCAAAAACCACCAAGUCCUCCCAUGUCAGGCCGGGGAACUUUGGGACGGAAUACUCCUUACAAAACCCUGGAACCUGUUAAACCCCCAACAGUUCCUAAUGACUACAUGACAAGUCCUGCUAGGCUCGGAAGUCAGCAUAGUCCAGGCAGGACAGCCUCUUUAAAUCAGAGACCGAGGACACACAGUGGAAGUAGUGGAGGAAGUGGAAGUCGAGAAAACAGUGGAAGCAGCAGUAUUGGCAUUCCCAUUGCCGUGCCUACACCUUCACCACCCACUAUUGGACCAGAAAACAUUUCUGUCCCUCCUCCUCCUGGAGCUCCACCAGCACCACCUCUCCCACCACUUCUCCCAGUGAGCACUGUGAUAGCAGCCCCGGGCUCAGCUCCUGGUUCCCAGUAUGGCACAAUGACCAGGCAGAUAUCUCGGCACAACUCUACCACCUCCUCGACAUCUUCUGGUGGAUACAGACGAACUCCCUCUGUGACUGCUCAAUUUUCUGCUCAGCCUCAUGUUAAUGGAGGUCCACUUUAUUCUCAGAAUUCAAUUUCUAUUGCUCCACCCCCUCCCCCUAUGCCUCAGUUGACUCCACAGAUACCUCUCACAGGCUUCGUGGCCAGGGUGCAGGAAAACAUUGCUGAUAGUCCAACUCCACCACCCCCACCUCCACCAGAUGACAUUCCCAUGUUUGAUGACUCUCCACCUCCACCGCCACCACCUCCAGUGGAUUAUGAAGAUGAGGAGGCGGCAGUAGUUCAGUAUAAUGAUCCAUAUGCAGAUGGGGAUCCUGCUUGGGCCCCCAAGAAUUAUAUUGAGAAAGUUGUGGCAAUAUAUGAUUAUACAAAAGACAAGGAUGAUGAGCUAUCGUUUAUGGAGGGUGCAAUCAUUUAUGUAAUAAAGAAGAAUGACGACGGCUGGUAUGAAGGAGUCUGCAAUCGAGUGACUGGUCUGUUCCCUGGGAACUAUGUUGAAUCAAUCAUGCACUAUACUGAUUAAAUUCUUUUGCUUUUAAAGUAGGUUCUUAUUACUCAGUCAUACUGUGGGACUAUUAUGGUUAACAGAAUUGUCUUAAAAUGUUUUGAAAUGUGCCCAUAUUUUCAGGACAUGCUGUUUUAUUGGUAUAAUUGAAUGUCUACCUGUAAGCAUAAAUCUUUGAGGCAGUUUGUGUAUUGCUAAAUAGCAGUUCAUACAGGAGGCUGUCCAUAACUGAUUAUGCUUAUGUACUUACUUACACAUUGUUAACUUGAUGACCAGCCUAAAUAUUCUGGGGGUGUGGGGUAUAAUAUUUAACAAAUCAUGAUUCAGAUUGUACCGUUACAUGUUUCAGUGCAGCAUGGUUACUAAUGCUAUGUCAGACUAAUAUUAAAAUCAGAAAACUUAAAUGCUGGCGCUGGUCAUACUUUGUUUAAACGCUCUCAUUCUGGAAAUAUACUGUUUGUUUAAAGCAUGCAUACAAAUUUAUGUAUUGAAAUAUACUU